CCCUGCAUAUAUAAACACACAGAGUCUUCUCUCUCUCUCUCUCACUAGAAAACCCUUCAACCGGCAAUGGCAUUGCUAACGUCCCGUUUGGAGCACGCGAUAAAGCCCGACGCUCUGAGGGCGUACCUUGCAGAGUUCAUCUCCACAUUUCUCUUCGUUUUCGCGGCCGUUGGCUCAACCGUGGCCUCAAAGAAAAUGAUGCCAGAUGCUACAACAGAACCAUCAGCCUUAGUAGCAGUUGCAGUAGCGAAUGCGUUUGCAUUGUCAGUGGCCGUUUACAUCGCCACCAACGUCUCCGGCGGCCACGUCAACCCGGCUGUCACGUUUGGGAUGGCGGUGGGCGGUCACAUUAGCGUCCCCAUGGCUAUUUUCUACUGGAUUUCACAGCUGCUUGCCUCGGUUAUGGCUUGUCUUCUCUUCAAAGUCACCACAGUCUCACAGCAUAUUCCCACCCAUGGAAUUCAACAAGAAAUGACCGGGUUUGGAGCAUCCGUUUUAGAAGGGCUUAUGACCUUCACUUUGGUGUACACAUUCUACGCAGCCAGGGACCCGCGACGCGGUCCGUUGGGUGCCAUUGGGCCCUUGGUAAUUGGGUUGGUUUCCGGAGCCAAUGUACUGGCAAGCGGCCCAUUUACAGGUGGGUCGAUGAACCCAGCUUACUCAUUUGGGUCUGCUCUCAUUGGUGGGAGAUUCAAGAACCAAGCAGUCUACUGGAUCGGACCCUUGAUUGGGGCCGGUCUUGCCGGCGUAGUGUAUGACAAUGUGGUGUUUGCCGUUCAGAUUGCAGAUGGAAUUGGGGUUUAAUUGCA